AUGACAGAGGUGCCGUCGCAAGAGCAGGCCAAGAAAACUAGUUUGGCUGCGGCAGCAACCACAAAAUAUCCGAAUUAUUUGGCGGACCGCGAGCUAUGUAAACGUUUUUUUGAGGAGUUCCGAGAUCUAUCUGGGACCUUGAAGUAUAUGGAGAUUUUAAGAAGAAUAGCUUGUAGAGAGUUGAAACUUUUCACAUUACAACUGGACGAUAUAGCCCAUUACGGACAAUUGUAUCUUGCUCAGCGGAUACAAAUGAAUGUCAUGGGCUAUUCUGAAGAACUGUGUCGUGUCAUUGAUGAACUCAUCCCACAGACAGAGAUAGUAGAAGACAUGGUUGAUUACUUAUUAGUUGAGGCAAAGGCCGCUGGCCAAUCUUUACCUUCCUUAUUAACAAGAAGGUACGAGCUGAUCAUUGUGCCAUUGAGUGGCUACGCCGAACCGAUUCCACUAAGACAUUUAAAGGGUAGCUUAAUCGGCACUCUUGUGGUCUUGCGUGGCAUUUGUAUUGCAGCUACCGCUGUUCGUCCUAAACUUUCUGUGCUGGUUUCGGUUUGUGAAGUGUGUGCUGAGACAACAUUUCAACAGGUGAUUGGGGAUCGUCUCACCCCACUUAUGGUGUGCCAAUCGCAACGUUGUAAACUAAAUAAUACCAUUGGCCGUCUACUUCCUCAAUACAAGGCCAGUAAAUUUACAAAGUACCAGGAACUCCGACUUCAAGAACUUCCCCAGGAUGUUCCUCGAGGCGCUAUACCACGUACAGCUCGUGUUAUUUGUGAGGGUGAACAGACAAGGAUUGCUUCCCCAGGACAGGUGAUUAAAAUUACCGGAACAUAUUGCCCAGAUCCUUCUACUGGACAGGGCCAUGAGGCAUUUCGAGCUUCUACCAUGGUAAAGACUUUAUUUCGUGCUUUGCAUAUUGAGCUGGAAAAGAGGACUUACCAGGAGGCGGCAGAGGAUCUCAAAACCCGGUUGGAGUAUGUGCGGAGGUAUCCAGACAAGGAAGCCAUAAUUGAGAAACUAACUCGGAGUGUGGCACCUGAAAUUUGGGGAAUGGAAGAUGUGAAAAAGGCAUUACUCUGUUUGCUGGUAGGAGGUAGUUCUAUUGCUAAUGGUAUCCGUAUCCGAAGUGACAUCAAUAUCUGCUUAAUGGGGGAUCCUGGGGUGGCAAAAAGUCAGUUGCUAAAGUGGAUUGCCUCUGUAGCACCGCGUUCUGUUUUCACAACAGGGAAAGGUAGUUCUGGCGUAGGAUUAACAGCCGCGGUAACCAGAGAUAGUCAUACAGGAGAGGUUUUGCUGGAAGGAGGUGCAUUGGUUUUGUCGGACAAGGGAAUAUGUUGUAUUGAUGAGUUUGACAAGAUGGAUGAUGCGGAUCGAACUGCAUUACAUGAAGUGAUGGAGCAGCAACUAGUAUCUAUUGCGAAGGCUGGUAUUAUUACUUCUCUAAAUGCAAGAACAUCUAUUUUGGCGGCCUCUAACCCUAAAUAUGGUCGCUGGCGUCGUAACUUAACUCCAAGCGAAAAUGUGAAUCUUCCACCUGCAUUGCUUUCUCGUUUUGACAUUUUGUGGCUGUUACUUGAUGAAUCAAACCGUGAACGAGAUGCAGAAUUAUCUAUGCACGUUACUCACGUCCAUCUUCAUGGAGUAGCUCCUGGGACAGUUACGGAUGACGGUUUCUAUGGUUCUUUAUCAGAAUACUUUGGGAAAGAUUUUUUACGAGCUUACAUUGGUGAGGUCAAGCGAAUACACCCUUUUGUUGAUAGUGCUGCGGCAAAAGCUAUUAGUGAUAUUUAUUGUGAAAUGCGUGCACAAAGUGUACGUCACACGAAUGUAGUCACAGCGCGUACGCUGCUUAGUAUUAUUCGUCUCUCUCAGGCGUGCGCCCGUCUUCGUUUUUCGGAGCGUGUUGCUGAGGUUGAUGUCCGGGAAGCUGGGAGGCUACUAGAUUGCAGUAAAAUUUCUUUACAGGAGCGAGCAGAUCCCAAUGGGCGACGUGCUUUGACAACUUCGGAUGCCGUAAUUUUUUCGACAAUCAAGGAGUUAGCUCGUUCCAGGACUAGUAUUGAUCUGGCAGAGGUGCGCCCAGCUCUCAUGAUUAAGGGAGUGGAUGAGGUGCAUCUUCAGAGGUGUUUGCACACUUACAUGGAGGUCGGUGUGUGGGAGGUUAACGGGAACAUUAUUGAGUUUUCACGGGAGUGA